UUCAUCACCGAAUUAACCAAAGCCCUCCACCGGUCUCCUUACUUCUCUUGUAACGAAGAGUCGGCUACAAAUAGCAUGAACAGGAAAACCACCCAAAGCAACAUCGACUGUUUAUUCGUCAAUGAUUUAAACGACGACAUACCAACUGCAGCAGCUGCUCAUUACUUGAAUAACGGUAUCAGAAUUUCAUACGUGUGAACUGAAGGAAACCAGAGACAUCGUAAGGUGAUAUAACAUCAGAUGUGGUCAGUUGCUCCUCUGACAGUUGCCCUGUUUGUUUGCAGUACCGCGUGCUGAGAGCCGUCACCUGGAGACACAUUUACAGCCCUUACUCAGGCUCUCGACAUCAAAAGUGCUUCUACGCCGGCAGUUUGCUGGACGACUUCUUCAGGUUCCUGCGAAUGGCCCACCAUUGCCCAACCAGCUUGGGGUUAGCCAUGCUUAACCCGGAUAAUAAAAACGAAGUCCUCAAACUGAAUGUUGGCUGCUUGAUAUUCACGAACCACUUCGAGAAAAGAACUGAGAAAUUUAAACGCUAUUAUUCAAUCUCUGGGUCAAAGCUUAUUGGCCUUUGCCAUCGCUUGAUGCGGAGAAAGGUCAGGAUGAUCCCACAUGAACAGGCGGUGACAGUCAAUGGAACGGAAUGCCACAUCAAGGCUCAUUACAGGGUGCCUUACACUUGGUUCAGUUGCCUGCCUUCAUCUCAAGCUCAACCUAAUCAGAGGAGCGAAGAGCAGAGAUCGAUAUACCUGCGCAUGCGCCAACUAUUCGAUGGCAGGAACCAUUUCGUCCUGGAGAAGAUUCACCACGGAAAAGAAAUGCUAAUUCGGAAAGGACCCCAUAUGUUAAUAUUAAAAUACAUUGUACCUUCUGUUUACAACGCAUCUCACCGGAACUAUGGCUAUUUAUUUUUUUAUGGACUCAUGGAUUGGUGUGCCUUCUACUGGAAUUUGCACGAAGAAAGAUCUCCAACCGUUCAGCUUUUCGAUUAUUUUAAUCUGGAUUUCUUUACUUCACAUAACGAAACUGAUUCUUCUGAAGGCGUAAUUAAUGUUCCAGAAUCCUCUAACAUGGACCUGAAUACUGACAUAGAACUUCACUCACCGUUAAGACUAACACCAAUAAGAUUUUCUGAUAACUCUCUAUCAUACAUUUGGACGUACGAUGUAACCGUGGACGGUUAUCGCCAGAUCCACUUCGGGUGAAUCAUGGAACUAAAUUCCUCUUGAAAAUUACCAUAAAUUGCUCUGCAUCUCUUGCAAAAGGCCUAACGUCUACGUUUCAACAUAUUAUAAGCUCUAGCAAAAAUGAUUAAUGCAGAAGAUAUAAUUAAAAACGGAAAUGUUGCUAACGCUAUCAGGGUUCCGUCGUGGCGGGACAUGGGAAGGUCCAACCAACCAACCAAAAAGCUAACUGAGGGCGGAGUCCUGCGCAAGCGCAAGCAUCGUCCCUACCUAGGUGAAACCAUUCCUGUGCACAAGGCGCAUUGCUGGAAAUGGCAAACGGUCUUAAUAUAAAAAACGGAAAUUUUGCUAACGCUAACGGGGUUCAUGGGAAGGUAAAUUUGGGGAGGCCCUUAUAUACCCUUCGAAAAUUAGUAUCGGAGGGGGGGG